AUGAACCCGCCGCGCUUUCUGGACGAGACGCGGCGUGCCCCACCGGGAGUGCUCAGUCCGCCGCCGUUCCCGCGCUACGGGCACGCGACGAACCAGGCGGCGAGCAGCAACAACGAAGUGUACAUCUUCGGCGGUCUCGUGCGCGACAGUGUGAAGAAUGACAUGUACAUCCUGCGCGCGGAGCCCGUGCAGAUCCAGCGGUCGAGCGGCAUCAAGAUGGAUGUGUCGCUGCAAGCGACGCUCGUGCAGACGUCAGGGCAUGCGCCGCUUCCGCGCGUCGGCCAUGCCGCGGUGCUCGUCUCCAACGUGUUUAUUCUGUGGGGCGGCGACACCAAGAUCCGUGCCGAGGACGUGCAGGACGACGCGCUGUAUCUGCUGAAUCUGAACAACCGUGAGUGGACGCGCGUCGUGGCGCCGGAGGCACAGGGCGGGCCCGGCCCCGUAGGCCGCUAUGGCCACUCGCUGUCCAUUCUCGGCUCCAACUUAUUUGUGUUCGGUGGGCAGCUCGACGACGACUUUUUUGACGAGCUGUGGCGCUUCGACCUGAACGGGCUCAAAGAGACGCCUACCUGGCAGCUCGUGCGCCCCAGCACGGGCGGCCCGCCGCGGCGAACGGGGCACUCGGCCGUCGUGUACAAGGAGCGCCUGUUCAUCUUUGGCGGCACGGACGGGAACUACCACUACAACGACACGUGGUGCUUUGACUGGGCGACGCAGUCGUGGUCAGAGCUCAAGUGCGUGGGCUACAUUCCCGCGCCGCGCGAGGGUCAUGCCGCGUGUAUGGUCGAUGAUAUCAUGUACAUCUUUGGUGGGCGUGGCGUCGACGGCAACGACCUCGGCGACCUGGCGAGCUUCAAGAUCUCGAGUCACCGCUGGUUCAUGUUUGCGCAUAUGGGCCCGGCGCCGUUUGGGCGCUCGGGCCACACGAUGGUCACUGUCCAGAACCGUGUCCUCGUCGUGGGUGGUGAGGCGUUCGCGGGCGACGUGCACGACGAGCCGAACGCCCUCCAUGUGCUCGAUACAGCCAAGAUCAAGUACCCUGUCAAGACAGACCGCGCGCCGCCCAGCGCGCCGUUACCUGUCGAGAGCCCAGCUGCAAGCGAGGCACGCACUAUGCCCGUGACGACGGCAGCGCCCACCACCGAAUCACAGGCCACGCCAGUGGUUGAUGCUUCUGUGCCCUCGUCAGCGGCGCCAGAUACACCGGCGAGCCUGGCCAUGGACCCGGCCGUGCCCGUGCAAGAGCUGGCAGCAGCGUCGGCAGCGGCGCCUGCGCCAUCGCCCAUGCCGCCUCCGCUCGAGCCGGCGCCGCCCGCGGAGCGCGGACCGAUGCCAGCGCGCGAGCUGAUGCCGGAGAGCAAGCCGAUGCCGGAGAGCAAGCCGAUGCCGGAGAGCAAGCCGAUGCCGGAGAGCAAGCCGAUGCCGGAACAUGAGUCGACGCAGGAACAUGAGUCGAUGCAGGAACAUGCGUCGAUGCCGGAGCGCGCCGUGGAGGCAGAGCCCACCACACGGCCGCCACAGCUCGUUGCAGCGCCGGCGCCGGCGCCGCCACCCAUGUCGCAGGGUGCGCCGGGCAUGCUCGGCGCGCCGAUUGCGGGCGCAGUGCCGCCGGCCCCCGAUACGCCGUCGAGCGCGCGCAGCGGCGGCGCAGAGGCGCCGCCGUCGCAGAGCCCGUGGACACGCACGCCAACGAGUGCGGCCGUCGUGCGCACGCCCAGUGGUACUCGCGCCCGCACACCGAUGAGUGCGCCGAUGGUGCCCAGCAGUGAGGGGGCGGGGCGCUCGAGCCUCCCGAUGGACGCAGGUGGGCUCCCGGCGGGUCCGGCCGGCGGUGUGCAGCCACGGCAGCUGUUCUCUGACGAUGGCGCUGCUGGGCCGCUGGCGCAGCCGAUGCCAGCGACUACAGCGUCGCCGCGGGAGCUGUGGCUCCUGUCGAUGCUGAGCCUCGCAGUGAAGCAAGGGUUUGUGCCGCCGGCGCGGCCGGGAGGCGGCGACGAGGCGCUGGAGGUGGAGCGCCUGGACACGGGCCCGGAGCAGUCGGAGAAGGAGGCGAUGGUCAAGACGAUGCUCACGCUCAAGGCGCAGGCGUCGAUGCUGCGCGCCGAUCUGCUGCGGCAGCUACGGCAGGAGGAGGAUCGUGUGACGACGCAGGAGCGAGCGCGGGUCGCGGCACUGCAGGAGGCCGCGUUCUACCGCGCCAAGCUUGCUGCCAACGAGAGCGGCCUCGUGGACGAGCGGCACCGGCUCGAGCGACAGCGGGUCGCGCAGCUGGAGAAGCUGCUCAGCAACGUGACGCGCGAGCAUGGCGAGUUGGAGCGGAAGGUGGCCAUGCUGGUGGACCAAGCGAAGCUGGAGGUGCGGCUGCGGCAGCUGGCCGAGGACCGGCUGAGCGAGACGACGAAGCGCGCCCUGGCCGCGGAGGAGUCGCACCUGCAAGUGUACGAACAGUACUCGGCGCUGCAGAAGCAUUCGUACGAGACCGAGUCGAUGCUGCGUGACCAUGCAGCGCAGAUCUCGACGCUCACGUCGCGGCUGGCCGCGCAGCAGGUGGAGCGCGAUACGCUGGAGGACAAGAUGACGUCCACGACGCGGUCCGUCGACACGAACCGUGCGAUGAUGGCGCAGUUCCAAGAGGCGCUUACUGCGGCGCACGCGCGUGCGAGCGAGUACGAGCGGCAGCGCGCUGAGCAUCAGCGCCAGACAGACACGCAGAAUGCGCUGAUUCUGCAGCUGCGCACCGAGGUCCAGGCGAAGGCCGCCGAGGUCGAGACCAAGAACCAGCAGAUCGAGCAGCAAGCCGCGCUGGCGGCGGAGCUCGAGACGAUGGUCAGCAAUUUGCAGCGCGAGGCGGCGACGCACCGCGAGGCGGCGACGGGCGGCCUUGCGCAGCUGCUCGCGAUGCAGUCGGUAAGUGGUCCCCCGCCCGAGGAGGUGGCGAACCUGUCGCAGCACUCGCACCUGCAGGCUAUGCAGGAGGAGGUGAACGCGCUGCGUGCCCUGCACGACGAAGCCAAGACGUCGCUGGGCCAGAUGGCCGCUGCGCUGCAGCAGGCCACCGACCGGAGCCACCAGCUGCAGCGCACGAACAACCAGCUGUUUGCCGAGGUGACCUCGCAGCGGAAGCAGCUCGCGGCUGCGCUGCACGACCUGUCGACGCAGCGCGACGAGUCGCAGCUGACGCGCGCGGACGACCAGCAUACCGCGCGCGAGCUCGAGGCGGCGCAGGUGCGCACGCUUGCGCUGCGGCAGCUGCUUAGCGAGCACCAAGUUGAGGUGCCCGACGACGAGACACUCGCGACGCCCGAGUUCCUGCAGACGCGGCGCGUGGCGCAGCUGCAGCGCGAGCUCGAGUCGUACAAACGCGCGGCGCAGCGCAACGCCCUCGAUCUGCAGCGUGCGCAGGACCAGCUGCACCGCAUGGGCCAGGAGUGGGAGAUGCACCACCGGCAAGCCAGUGGCGCCUCGCAGGAGGAGCUCGCGGUGCUCCGACUGCGCGCCGAGGAGGCGGAGCGGCGCCUCGUCGAGGCGACCGAGGCGCACGAGCAGCGCACAGGCCAGCUGGAGAACGACUACCUAACGGCGGUGCAGUUUGUGCGCAAUACGGAAAAUAUGCUGCGGCGGCUCAAGGACGAGCAUCUCAAGCUGCGGCAGGACAAUGCCGAGCUCCGCGCGCGCGUGGGAGGCCCGGUGUCGCCCUCGGCGUAUCGUAGUCCGUGA